UAUUCUCUAGCAACGUUAGUAUACGUACUUCAGUGUUGCCAAUCGAAGAGCGUACGCUGUGCCAGGUUAGGUAACAACGUUACGAGCAAAGUUCCGAUAAAGUUUGGUCGCAGGUUGAUCGCGUAAUCGGAGUUCUUACGAUUAAAUUACGACAGCGAUCAUGUCACGGAUUUUAAAAAAGACGACAGGACUAACGGGUCUCGCCGUAAACCCGCAAGCCCGUGAAAAUUUGAUGAAAGUCUAUUCGCAAGUUUUGGCAGCUUUAGCUAUUCUACCGCAAGAGUCUGCUUAUAGAAGAAACACAGAAGCCAUCGUCAAAGAAAGAAACGCUAUCGUACAACAGAACACCAACGUGGCCGAUAUAGAGAAUAAGAUAGGUUACGGACAGAUCGAAGAGCUUUUAUUGCAAGCGCAGGACGAGUUGAUCUUGGCGCAAAGAAUGUCAUCGUGGAAACCGUGGGAAAGUUUGACAGAAGAAGCACCCAGUCAUCAGUGGACAUGGCCGCCUCGUAAAUAAUUUACAUCCGAUAUAACAGAUUUGUAGAUAGAGCCGAAACGAUAGACCGUCGAUCCCACGUGAGAUACACGUUCGUACGCGUGUCACGCCGUCGAUGCGUCUUGUAUGAAAAAUAAAUAUCGCAUAAACUUUUGCAGUUGUUACGAA